AAUAUUUGUGUAAAUUCAGUUUCUUUUUUCCUUUUUCCCUUUUUUUUUUCCAGCUAAGCAGUUGUCUUCUUUCAAUGGAGGAACAGCCAGCGCCUCUCUUCCCAAACUUCUGUAAUCCAAAAGAAUUGCAGAAAGCCUGUAUAUAUACUUAAUUCUAGAUGUCUAGAAUCUGAUGAAUUUUACACUGCCUAACACCUUUCUUAGGUUUUAAGCUAAGUUGCUUGUAUAUUCUAUGUUUCUUUUGCAAGCUAUCUGUCUAAUAUGAAUCACAACAUAUGCAAAGACAAGUUAAUCUCUGAGCCCUUGAUUCUGAAGAUCAACCCACAUGAUUGUCUGAAAAAAUAAAAUGUUUCUCAACAAGGUUACAGUAACCCCAAUAACCAAGCAACCCAGUGUGGUCAAUAAGGUAUCGAAAAGCACGAGCUCAUUGACCUGCCAAAAUGGACAUUCCAUAGAACCUAGCUAUCUGUCACUUCUCCGCCCCAUGAAGGAAUAGGGUUGUUACUAUUGGUACCCUGUUAUGUUAGAAAGCCCCAUGCACUGACAUAACCCUUUCUUACAUAUCAAGUGAAUAACCGAACAAGAGGAUAUUGAAUCCUUGCUGGUUAGGUUCUACUAGAACUUUUUUGAAAUCUUCAAGAAUACCACUAGUCAUAAUAUCUAAAAGAUGUGCUUCUUUUUUUCACUUUUAGGUAAAGAUUGUAGUUUGUAAAGAAAAGGAGUGGAGUUCAUUAAAAAUGGAAAACAACUCGAAAAUAUAGGUGCAUGAAAAGAGAAGAAGAUGCUUUGCUUCCUCCAAAAGCUUAAAUAUGCUUCAUACAAAUUGUAAAGCAUAUUUCAUCUUGCUUGCACCGGUUUCCUGUUCAUGAUCAAAUUUUCCUAUAAGAGUUUCAGGACUUUCCUAUCCAGAUUCCAGGCCUUUUAAUUGGAAAACGUACAGAAGAAAAAGGUUCAAAUAGGAAUUUGACAGGAAAGCUUUUUGUGCAUGGAACAUUUAUUGAAACAAAAGAGAGUGAGAUUUUCUGCUCCAGAACAAGAGCGAUCUAGCAGUGCAAAGGAGAAAAACUGGUUCCAAAACCAAUUCUUUAGGCAGAUGAACUGGUAUUAUGAUUCCGAGUUUGUAGCUGCUGUAGCUGCUGCUGCAUUUGCCAUUUGCUCAAAGGAAGAAGCUGAAGCAGACUAUAAGAGACAGAUCAGAGAGGAAUUUGAGAAGGCGAAACCAGAAAUCAGAACUAGAAAUGGGGGUAGCUCAGUUGGUUCUAUUAGAGCAUCCAGACAUUCUUCUGGUAAGGAAGUGAAAGAUGCAGGUGAAGCUUCGAUUCGGAAACCUGCACAGGAAGAUAAAAGGGUACAAGAGAGUGCUGCAACGCCUAGCAGAAAACCAAGUCGUUCAGCCUCUAUCAGACCUGUGGUUUCUGUGGAUCAAAGGCAGAGGAGCACUUCAACAAGAAGAGAUGCAGUGGAAGACAAAAUAGAUUCCUGGGAGAAGGCUCAGCUACGAAAGAUCAAUAAAAGGUAUGAGAAGAUGAAAGCAGAAGUUCUUGCUUGGGAGAAUGCAAAGAAGAUCGAGGCCAAGAUGCAUAUGGAAAGGAAAAAGAAUGAACUAGAGCUGAGAAAGUCAAGAAACUUGCAGUAUUACCAAAUCAAGGUAGAAAGAAUUGAAGCUGUUGCUGGAGGAGCAAAAGGACAAUUGGAGGAGAAAAGAAGAAGUGAAGAGUCUGAAGUGAAAGAGAAGGCAAGGAACAUGAGAUUGAAAGGCAAGAAUCCUGUCAGGUGUUUCUGCUGCUGAAUGUUAUAAGAAAGAAAUCUAAUAGCAUGUAUAAUUCAUUAAAUUUUAUACAAUGUUAUUAUUGUCUAUUAAUAAGUUAAAUACUCAAUUAAAUGAAGUAAAUCGAAAUUUUUUUAUGAAGAUUAACAAGUUGUAAGUAUUUGUAUCUGAACAACAGUUGUAUCUGUGUGCCUAACAAUGCACAGAAAAAUUACCUGUAAAUGACUUCAAUAAUUAUUAUGUACAUAU